GAGUAGCAUGGUCACAUGGUAAAGUGACGUCAUCUCUUGGUCCCGUCACAUGGCUGUGAUGUCGUUAUACCUCCCCCGGACGGCUGAGCCGUCGUGUUCCGGAGGAGCUGCUUGUGUUCCAAGCCUCGGCUGAGCGAACGGUUCAAGCCAGCGGUUAUGGCGGGAGAAGUGGAUGGAGGCGGCUGGGGAGCAGGGUGGUUGCGGCUCUGGCCGACUCUUCUCCUGCUUCCCUCAUUGUGCAGUGCGGCUGCAGUAAACGAACCACUGGUGAUACCACUGAUAGAGGGCAAAGCAUGUGACCAUAAUGACUCUCAAAAUUUCUGCUACAAGAAAGCUUUUGAACCAAAGUGGCACGAUAUUUGGACCAAAAUACAGAUUCGAGUAAAAAGCACCAAAAUGAUCAGAGUCACACAAGUGGACAGUGAGGAGAAGCUAAAGGAAAUGGAGCACUUCAGCUUCACCGACUUAUUCUCUUUCUUGAAGGAAAAAUUGAAUGAUACCUACAUAAAUGUUGAUCUCCAGAUAAACAAAACCUGUCUUAAAGUGCAUGUAAAUGAAGAAAAUACCAAGUAUACGGUGCUAGUUUCUAGAGGUUUUGAUCCCAAGCUGUUCCUGGUUUUCCUUUUUGGUCUGGUCUUGUUUUUCUAUGGAGAUGUGUUCAGUAGAAGUCAGGUCUUCUACUACUGCACUGGUAUGAGUGUGGGAAUGUUUGCCUCAAUGCUGAUACUGGUGUUCAUGGUCUCCAAGCUGCUGCCCAAGAAGAGUCCCAUCUAUGUGUUAAUGGUUGGAGGUUGGUCAUUCUCACUCUACCUUAUCCAGCUUGUAGUUAAAAAUUUCCAGGGGAUCUGCACUGAAUAUUGGCAGUACCUAUUAGGUUACCUGGCCAUUGUGGGGUUUCUCAGCUUCGCUGUAUGCUAUAAAUAUGGCCCUCUGGAAAAUGAGCGGAGUAUCAAUCUGUUGAACUGGGCUCUACAACUGAGUGGCCUGCUGCUGAUGUAUAUUGGCAUCCAAGUGCGUUACAUAGGCCUGACUGUAAUUGUGCUUGCCUUUAGUACAAAACAAAUUGAAUAUCCGGUGCAGUGGAUCCACCGCCUGUACAGGACCAUUGCCAAAUCUAGAAGCAAACCCACACCACCACGUCUGCUGUCAGAGGAAGAAUACAGGAAGCAGGGUGAGGAGGAAACUAGGAAAGCACUAGAAGAAUUGCGGGAAUAUUGUAGUAGCCCAGAUUUUCAACCGUGGAAGGCAGUUUCUCGGAUCCAGUCUCCGAAAAGGUUUGCUGGCUUUGUUGAAGGUUCAUCUCACCUGACGCCUAAUGAGAUUUCUAUUCAUGAACAUGAAUAUGGCAUUGGAGGCUCUUUCUUGGAGGAGGAAUUGUUUGGAGAUGAGAGUGAUAUUGAUAAUGAAGAUGAAGAAGAUAUAUACCCUGAUCGACAACCACUUCAGCAUUCUAUCAGGUCACUGCACAACUGAGGUUUCAUGGAAUUUCCCUUGCAAAUAAGCGGUGAUAUUUGCAACUCACGUGUAUCUGUUCUUACAGUUUGCGCAGAUGUUAAUACCAGCUACUCAGGAGUCCGGCUUUGUAACUGUUCAAGAGGCAAGUGAUAGCAACGACCAUACAUGAUUGGAAAUACCUGUUCUUGGCUUGUGGGCAAAGCACACAAAUACGCACAAUACUGUUAUCAUUCAAAAAUGUCAACUCUGCACUUUUUGUGCUACUAUGCAAAAAUCCAGACCACUGAAGGGACGGGUGUAGUAUGUUAUGCCGGCGGUCGGGCUCCCAGCGGCCAGCAUACCGGCGCCGGAAUCCCAACCGCCGGCAUACCGACAGCUGGGCGAGCGCAAAUGAGCCCAUUACGGGCUCGCUGCACUCAACACGCUGCGGGUACGCUAUCUAUUUUCCCUCAAGAGGGAGAAAAGCUGUCGGUAUGCCGGUGGUCGGGAUUCCGGCGCCGGUAUGCUGGUCAUCAGGAGCCCGGCCUCCAGCAAACUGAAGACCACCCGAAGGGACUGCAGCAUGAAGGUGUAUGCUACUGCCUAUGAUAUUUGAAGUAUCCUGUAUAUCAUGUUGAUACCAUAGCUGUUUGUUUUUCUGGACUGCAGAUGUACGGAUAGCCAUAAUUUGUUUUACUUUUAUUUUUGUUUGUUUUCUUAACCAAAGAUUUUAAGUUCCCAAACUAUAUUAAUACUACUUAUUGUUUGGUGUUUUUAUUGUUUGUUUGGCCUAUUUGUCUUUAUGCUGUUUACCUUUAUUAUUAUUUGGUCUCCUACAGUAAAUGUCCUACAAAAUUUCAGACAGCCAAAGUAUUUAUUAAAAAAAAAAAAUGUUUGACCACAGGUUUACCUACAUGUUUGUGAUGUGUCCAUAUUGUGACGCAAUAUAUUGUUUAUUUCUUUCCCAUGGAUUUUACCAUUUAAAAAUGCUAUACCCCUUUAAGGUAAUUAAAGAAAUUUGUAUUUUUUUAGGAACUGUGAAAACACUUUUCCUUAUGGAUGCGCUGCCAUUCAUAAUCUCUCUGUAAUAUCCUCAUAGUGUGUACCUGUCACUGGUCUACGGUAAAUGUUACAAUACUUGUAGAGAGUCUAUAUUUCAUAGUUAGAAUGUAAUGCAAAUGCUUACUGACAUUUGGACAAUCAUUUUUUCUAUUAACUCUGGCUGAUUUGUUCAUAAAAGGACCGUUAUUUAGAA